AUGCCGGAUAAGAAGAUUGAGAGCAAUGUCAUCCGCAUCAGUAAUAUUGAUGCCAGAGAAGAAGAUUGUGAUCGAUGUCAUCCGUAUCGGGUAUGGUCAAUCUCUCCGGACAGACACGACCGUGGGAAACCCCUCGGCGAAGAUGAGGAGUUGGCGAGGACGCGUUGCACAAGAGCGAGGGUAUUUCGGGCCCUUUUCCUUCGCUCUCCUCCGGCAUCCUCUCUUCGAGACAUAAGGUCGUACGCAACAGUCAUCCUGGAUCUACCCCGCCCGCUUUCUAGUGUACUCGAUUACAUAUAUUUAUCAGCGGCCUCAGGCGUCUGCAACGGCCUUGCGACACCAAGUGUUUGUGGUAAAGGACCAACUGUCGGAUUCACGGCAAAAAUUCAUGAUUACUCGACGACAGAUGAGCGAAGUGGGGAUACGGCAGACAGACCACACGAGAGACCAACACUCGCGCACUCGAGCCAAGACUGGUUCAACCAGACAAGCCGAAGGACGGGAGAGGGUGGGUCGGCUAUCUUCGGAUAUCUUCGGACCUCUCCUCCUAUGUAUGUAUAUAAACAAAUCCCUGAAUAG